GAGGAAUCAUGGCUUCCCAACCCUUUAUUAGGGAAUGCUGAAGCACUAAGUAGACUAGAAAUGGCCCUGUGGGAGCGAGAUUAAAUAGAGGCUAUGGGGAUCCAUGGCAUUUACAAGGAAAUCGGCCCCGGCCGACGUAUAGCCCUUUCUAAGGUCGCUGUUGAGCAUUUUGAGAAGACUGGUCGACCGCUGCGCAUUGCUAUCGACAUCUCUAUCUGGCUAUUUCAGAUUCAAUCCAGCAAGGGCGGGUCAAACCCAGCCCUCCGUACGUUCUAUUAUCGACUACUUCGCCUAAUUUCCCUGUCUAUACACCCCCUCUUCGUCUUCGAUGGGCCUAAUAAACCGCCUUUCAAGCGCAAUAAACGCACUGGCCCAAAUGUCGCGUCUGUUCCCGAAUUUCUCGCAAAACAGUUGCUAAAGCAAUUUGGUUUGCCUUUCCACUUAGCCCCUGGAGAGGCGGAAGCAGAAUGCGCUCUCCUACAGAGGGAAGGUGUCGUAGACGCCGUGCUUAGUGAAGAUGUGGAUACGCUCAUGUUCGGAAGCGGCUUGACUUUUCGAAACUGGACGCCCGAGGCUAACAAGAGUAAAGUGCCUACUCAUGUCAAUCUUUAUGAUGCGUGUACAACCAAGGAUAUCUCAGGCAUGGAUAGAGAAGGAAUGAUCUUAGUCGCACUCAUGAGUGGUGGCGAUUACGUACCGGAAGGAAUCCCAGGCUGCGGACCAAAAACCGCAUGCGAAGCUGCGAGAGCAGGAUUUGGUCACGAAUUGUGUCAGAUUUCUAGGAGGGAUGUCGACAGGCUCAGAGACUGGAAAGAGAGAUUGGCCCAUGAGCUCCAUACAAACGAGAAUAAAUUUUUCAGUCGCAAACAUGGAAAACUGGCCAUACCGGAUGAUUUUCCCAACCCAGAGGUACUUGGCUAUUAUACACAUCCUGUCGUAUCUUCCAUGGACAAAAUUAGAAAAUUGGAAGCGGAAUUGAAGUGGGAUAUGGAUAUUGAUUUCAGGAAAUUACGCUCUUUCACUGCAGAUGCUUUCGACUGGACAAACCUUAGCGGCGCAAAGAAAUUUAUUCGAAACCUGGCACCGGCCCUUUUAGUUCGAGAGCUAAGAAUGAAAGGCGAAGCUUUAGCAAGAAGUCUUCAUGAACCCGCUAAACCAACUACAAAUGAGGAGCCAUAUAUCAAAGCUAUACAUGGCAGGAGGAACCAUGUUUCCGCCGAUCAUGUUGCCGAGUUGCGUAUCACGUUCACGCCUCAUGAGCUUGUACCGAUUGAUCUGGCCGUGGAGGAGCCAGACGAUGAGAUUAGUAAUGAAAGUUCUGAUGAAGAGGGCCGGACAGGCUAUGGAGACAGGGAAGCUCCAGGCAGUCCAACAAAGAAGAAAGCACCGUCACGUUAUGAUCCAACCGAGGUUGAAAAGCUAUGGGUAUUGGAGUCAUACGUGAGGGCUGGGGCUCCCUUAACCGUCAGAGAAUGGGAACGUAGCAGGAAGGAGAGCAUAUCAGCGGAAUGCAAGAAUACAACCCGAGAAGCAAGAAGAACAGCAAGACAGAAGAACAAAAACUCUGCAAGUAUCGGAGACACGCGGGAAGGUGCGCUAGAUCGGUUCGCUACUGUAAUGAGCACUCCGACGCCCACUAAAUCUCCGCGAAGCACAUCUCAAUUGGCGAGAUCAUCAAAGGAGCCGAGAAGAACGCGUGCAAGCAAAAAUAAAGCACCCUCGACUUCAAUACAGCACUUCACAAAAGUCUUGAAACCAGGUGUCUCUUCGAACAUUCCUGAAAACUCUUCAGAUCGGCCCUCGCCGAGAGCAUUAGGUCAUCGUUGGUUAGGGAAUGGCAAGCUAGCUAUAUUUCCGCUGGAAGAGCCCUGUCUUCCAGAUGACGAAAUCGAAGUCGUCAAUUUAAUAUCAACACCACAGCCGUACCGGUCUGUGUCCAAUGGCUUGUCACAUGAUCUUCCAGAUUUUGUUCCGUCGCCUGGAGCUAAGCGUGGACUUUCCCCUCUGCGGGGACUCCCUACGGAUGUCAUGGCAUCGAGCGCACAAAUGGAGAACGAAAGGUCCGAGACUACAAUGAAGAAUCUAUUCCAAUCAAAUUCUGAAUCUCCAAUAUCGCUACCAUCGCCAUCGCAACUGCUUCCCGUAUCUAAACGUCCGAAGCUUCCAAACACUCGCUCAAUACACGUCAAUGAUCAAGAUGCGAGAACAACUCCACGGCGACACAAGAAGAAAGACGCGAUUAUUCUCUCUUCUUCGCCGAUUAGACAGGCUAGCAUAUAUGAUUAUUAUUCACCAAGGAGACGCGACGUCCAAAGCCCAUCAAAAAUGAUUUCAGACGAGGGCGGGUCACAACUUCCAAUGUCCACUAUUGCCACAAGAAGAGUGGGGCACCGAUGCCCGCGACUAGAUAUUACGGACAUGAUCGAUCACGUAGAUCUUACCGGAACCCCAGCAGACGUAACGAUUCAAGAUUUAACCAAAAUGCCCGAACUUGACGUCGCUACGGAGCCGGUUCUUCAAGCUCUGCAGCAGCAUGAGGUCGACGAUAGCCCAACGUCCCUGGGACAAUUAUCGUCGAAAGACUCUUCCUCGGUGUCCAGCUUGGCGUGUCUCACAGACGAAGUGCGACUUUCGCGCGCGAAUAUACAGGAAAAGCAUCUUCAAAGCGUGUAUCGUGUACGCGAGAGCCUGCCUGGUAGUUUUGCGAUUGACACAAUUGAUAUGACAAAUGACAUUGGAACGAUUAAUGUUAGCCUACCUAAAAUGGGUAGACGAUUUCGAAUGAGUGAGGUGAGUGUUUUGGACUUGACUGGCGAAUGAAAAUAGCAUCUGGGUUUUCUUCUAGCUCUUGAUAUAGUAAGAUAGGAGACUAUUCGCUAGGCACGAUCGAAAGGCGUUUGAAAUUACCGGAUGCCAGGGGGGCUGUCCUGUUCCAAAAUCGAUCACGCGCCUGCAUGAUGUUCAAUUAUACGAAUAUAAAUGUAUUCAUUCAGCAAAACAGGAAAGUAAGCUUUGGCUGCUC